CUCAUUCACUCAUCCUUUGCUCUGAUUCACACACACACACACACACACACACACACACACACACACACACACACACACACACACACACACACACACACACACACACACACACACACACACUCUCUCUCUCUCUCUCUCUCUCUCUCUCCCUCUCUCUCUUUCUCUCUCGCUCUCUCUGUGGCUUUGAGCACAGCAGAUUUCUCCUCUCUCCUCUUCCAGUCUGCUCUUCAUUUAUCUUCUUAUUUAUCUUGUUAUUUCUUCACACAUCUCCCUCUUUAAUUGCCCCAGUGGCUGGGGGCAUUAGUGGGGGUACCUGUGUGUGUGUGAGUGUGUGUGCGUGUGAGAGAGUGGUAAAGCAUUCCAGCAUGGAAGCAGUGGCACUUUAUACCUUUCGUGCAACAGAAGGUGAUGAACUCAGUUUUAACAAGGGAGACAUGCUUAAGAUCACCAACAUGGAAGAUGAUCCAAACUGGUACACAGCUGAGCUCCACAACAGAAAAGGCUUUGUGCCAAAAAACUACAUCAACCUGCGGCCACAUGCCUGGUUCGCCGGGCGGAUUUCUCGAGGCGUUGCGGAAAGUCGACUCCGACACAGAGAGUGUGGAGCCUUCCUCGUCAGAGAGAGUGAGAGCGCUCCUGGGGAGUUUUCCAUGUCCGUCAGUUAUGGGGACCACGUUCAGCAUUUUAAGGUGCUGCAGGAUCGCUGCGGCCAGUACUACGUGUGGGACGAGGGCUUCUCCUCCCUCAACGAGCUGGUGGACUUUUACCAUAGCAACAGCAUUGCUAAGGAGAGGACGGUCUUUCUGAGAGACCCAGAACACUUUGCAAGGCGUCCCCAUCAUGCCCACGCUCUCUUCGACUUCACCCCACACCAUCCCUCCCAGUUGCGCUUCCUGCGCGGAGACGUCAUCGAACUCAUUGACUGCUCUGAUUCGCUACGUUGGAAGGGUCGUUGCCAUGGACGCGUGGGCCACUUCCCCCCUGAGUAUGUCCAGCCCAUUUACCAAAACCAGUGACCUGGAUGUCAAGCAAAUGCGUUAAAAUUCAAGAGGGCUCAGCGAUGAGCGUCCUGACACCCCACACACCUACCCUUGAUAAAUGAACACUACUCGCCUUUGCCCACAAACUUCUGGAGUGAACGAGCAUCUCUCUGUGAUGUCACCCGUCCAAAAGGAAGGCACUUUUCAGUCUUCAGCUAACCACAUGUCUUUGUUAGUGUGAAUCAUUCAGAAGUGGACCUACACGCUGUGGAGUCACUGACUAACAAACACGCACACACUGCCAGGUGUAAUCAUUCAUUAUAUCUCAUCAGUGCUGGUGCAGAAAAACAGAAAAAGACCCGUUUUGGACAGGAAGAUGAAUCUGUGGAGUUUCUUUGCUGUCAUCCAGGAGGACAUCGAGUGAGGAACUAAAGGAAGAUGGAUUGUGUCAUUGGGCUGGAGUGUGAAGGGGGCAGUGGGUCUGAGCUCUACAGGCAUGUGAGAAUGAAAGGUGUAAGUGUAUAGACGGUACGUGUGAGAGUAAGUCUGUUUGACAUGUUUGAUGUAAAGGGUGUGUCCGACUUGCUUCGAAUCCACAGCUUAAAAUAUCGAAAGCAAGUUAUGCAUAAUCAAAUGUUUGUUUCUAUGUAUUUAUUCUCAUGUAUGUGUAAAACACAGAUAAUGUAAAUAGAAGUUCAUUGUUGUAAAAAAGGUUUUGAUUCUGUUGAUAUGAAGUAAAUUUAAAGAAAGUACAUUUUACGUGAUUUACAGUAAAGAACUCAGACUGGUCUUCCAUUACUUGUUUUGACAAAUCAGCUAAAGUGUUACAGUUACCUAUUUGAACUUAGAAUUUGUGCAUAAGUGAAUAAAAACAUUAUAUAAA